GAAAAGCAUCGUUUUGUGUUAUUUGUGUUUUAAGAAUUUUUCAGUGCAACGCAUAAAGAUGACUAGCUGCAUACAGCAGCAGCAAAAUGAACAGCAACAAUUGCUGGAACAAUUAAAUGGCAGCGACGACGACGAUGAGGAUGAAAUGAAUGGCGACGACAUCGAGGAGGAAAAAAACAAACAAAUGUUAAACGAGUCUUUUAGCUACUCGAAUAGCCAUGCUUGCUGGGUGUGCAAUGGUUAUUACGGUCCCAAUUUUGGUGAACCGGUUUGCGGCGCAUGCCACGCAUUUCUGUACAAUGCACAACGGGCCGAGGAGCUGCUGACGGAGUUAUCCGAUGACGAAGACUCUGGCAACGAUGAGCCGCCUUUUAAGGAUAAACAGGAGGAUGACGAGACGGAGAACGAUGCAGACAUAAUGGGCUUUGAGGAUCUGGAAGAUGCAGCGCCAGCGGGAGACCAACAGCAGCAGGUGAACAAUGAGCCAGCGCCGGAGGACGACGAACUGCAGCAGCAGCAGGCGGAACAGCUGCCAUUACCUGUGCCGCUGGAGCCACCGCUAGAGCCAGUGCCGCUGCCCGUGCGUCGCGGCAGUCCGGAGCAUGAUUUCGAGCACGAACGUGCCGUGAAUCCAUUUGUACUGCCCAUUAAGCGACCGCGUCCAGCGGCUCCAUUAGCACUGCCCCACUACAUGCUGGAGUUGGCGGAUGGCCGGGCGCGUGCCCAUGAAUAUGAUGCAGGCGGAGGGAGGAGCAACAGCAACAGCAGAGGGAACCGCCAGUGCAUCACUCGGCUCAUACCCGUUGAGGUAAUGCUUCAGAUCUUUGGUUAUCUGGAUGACAUGUCGCUGUGGAUGGCCAGCGAGGUGUGCAAACAGUGGCAUGAGAUCAUCGUCAAGAAUACGGCGCAGAGCAUGUGGCGUGCCUAUCUCAAACAACGUUGGCCACUCUUCGAAUGCCUCGUCGCGGAACCAGAUUGGUAUCGUCUCUAUGGCGCCUUGAUGUCCUCGUGCUUUUGUCGCACCUGCCUCAUCGAGUUGGGCAGCCAAUCUCCGCCAGCGGCGGAGCAACGGAAUGUGAUGCGUUCGAAUUUCUUGCGUGGCGAAGCGAAUCUGUUGAAUAGCUAUGGAACGGAGGGUAUAUCGGCCAUACCCAUGGAUCGACAGAAUAACUAUUGGCAGGCAACGAUUCUGGGUCCGCCCGGCAGUCCGUAUGAGGGCGGCAAGUUCUUUUUGUUUAUCUAUUUUCCGGAACGUUAUCCGAUGGCGCCGCCAACGGUGCGUUUCCUAACCAAAAUCCUGCAUCCGAAUGUGUCGCGUCAUGGCGAUGUUGGCAUCGAUAUAUUCCAACAGCAGAACUGGUCGUUGGCGCUGAAUGUGGCCAAGGUUUUGUUGUCCGUUCAGAGUUUACUAACGGAUCCGUAUACCGAGAUCUGCAUGGAACCCGAGGUGGGUUAUAUCUAUGAACAUGAGCGUUCGCGAUUCGAGCAACUGGUGCGCAAUUGGACUUGGAAAUAUGCCAUGCUGGAGCUGAUGACGCCGCUCUUAAAUUGAACGAUCUAUCUAUAUAGUCUAUAAUAUAUUUAUCCCGCUAGAAAUCGCACGUACUGAAUGUUGGAGAACCCCCUUCUCUUAAGUUGUUUUUUAUGUGUAUUUAGUUUAAUACUGCCAUUUUGGAUGUGGCUACUCUAUUAUUAACCCCCCAACAUAGUCAAAAUUAUUCUUAAAAUAUAUAUAAAUAUAAUGCUUCA